ACCACAGCUGGACCAACAACUACUACGGCGGGACCAACAACAACAACAGCUGGACCAACAACUACAACAUCUGGCCCAACUGCCGCAACAUCAAGCCCCACAACAAACACGGCUGCCCCAACAACUACCACAGCUGGACCAACAACUACCACAUCCAGCCCAACUACAACCACAGCUAGCCCAUCUACCCCAACUACAACCACAGCUAGCCCAACUUCAACCACAUCUACCCCAACAACUACCACAGCUGGACCAACAACUACCACAUCCAGCCCAACUACAACCACAGCUAGCCCAACAACUACCAGAGCUAGCCCAACAACUACCACAGCUAGCCCAACAACUACCACAGCUGCCCCAACAACUACCACAGCUGCCCCAACAACUGCCAGCACUGGACCAUCAACAACCAAAGCUACCCCAACUACGACCACCGCUGAACCAACAGCUACCACAUCAAUCCCAACUACCACCGCAGCUGCCCCAACAACUACCACAGCUGGACCAACAACCACCACAGCUGGACCAACUACUACCACAGCUGGACCAACAACAACCACAGCUGCCCCAACAACUACUACAGCUACCUCAACAACUACCACCGCAGGACCAACAACUACCACAAAUGGACCAACAACUACCACAGCUGGCCAAACUCCAGCAACAUCAAGCCCCACAACAACCACAGCCGCCCAAACAACUACCACUGCUGUACCAACAACUACCAGUACAACUACCACAGCUGGAACAACAACUACCACAGCUGGACCAACAACAACCACAGCUAGCCCAAUAGCUACCACAGCUGGAUCAACAACUACCACAGCUGGACCAACAACUACCGAAGCUGCCCCAACAACUGCCACAGCUGGACCAACAACAACCACAGCUGCCCAAACUACCACUACAGCUAGCCCAACUACCACUACAACGGGACCAACAGCAACCACAGCUGGACGAACAACUAAAACAUCUGGCCCAACUACCGCAACAUCAAGCCCCACAACAAACACAGCUGCCCCAACAACUACCACAGCUGCCCCAGCAACUACCACCACUGGACCGACAACUACCACAGCUGGACCAACAACUACAACAGCUGGCCCAACAACAACAACUACCACCGCUGGACCAACAACUACCACAGCUGGACCAACGUCUACCACAGCUGCCCCAACUACUACCACAGCUGGACCAACAACUACCACAGCUGGACCAACAUCUAGCACAGCUGGACCAACGUCUACCACAGCUGCCACAACUACUACCACAUCAAUACCAAAAACAACCACAGCUUCCCCAUCUACAACCACCGCUGAACCAACAACUACCACAGCUUCCCCAUCUACAACCACCGCUGAACCAACAACUACCACAGCUGCCCCAACAACUACCACAGCUGGACCAACAACUACCACCGCUGGACCAACAACUACCACAGCUGGACCAACGACUACCACAGCUGCCCCAACUACUAACACAGCAGGACCAACAACUACCACAGCUGGACCAACAUCUACCACAGCUGGUCCAACAACUACCACAGCUGGACCAACAACUACCACAGCUACCCCAACGACUACCACAGCUGCCCCAACAACUACCACCGCUGGACCAACAACUACCACCGCUGCCCCAACAACUACCACUGAUGGACCAACAUCUACCACAGCAGGUCCAACAACUACCACAGCUGGACCAACAACUACCACAGCUGCCCCAACAACUACCACAGCUGCCCCAACAACUACCACUGAGGAACCAACAACUACCACAGCUGGACCAACAACUACCACAGCUGCCCCAACAACUACCACAGCUGCCCCAACAACUACCACAGCUGGACCAACUACUACCACAGCUGCCCCAACAACUACCACAGCUGGACCAACAACUACCACAGCUGGACCAACAACUACCACAGCUGCCCCGACCACUACCACUGCUGGACCAACAACUACCACCGCUGAACGAACUACAACCACCGCUGAACCAACAACUACCACAGCUGCCCCAACAACUACCACCGCUGGACCAACAACUACCACAGCUGGACCAACGACUACCACAGCUGCCCCAACUACUACCACAGCUGCCCCAACAACUACCACCGCAGGACCAACACCUACCACAGCUGGCCAAACAACUACCACAGCUGGACCCACAACUACCACCGCUGGACUAACAACUACCACAGCUGACCAAACAACUACCACCGCGGCCCCAACAACUACCACCACUGGACCCUCAACAACCACAGCUGCCCCAACUACGACCACCACUGAAACAACAACUACCACAGCUGCCCAAAAAACUACCACAGCUGCCCCAACAACUACCACAGCUGGACCAACAACUACCACCGCUGGACUAACAACUACCACAGCUGCCCCAACAACUACCACAGCUGCCCCAACAACUACCACAGCUGCCCCAACAACUACCACCGCUGGACCAACAACUACCACAGCUGGACCAACGACUACCACAGCUGCCCCAACUACUACCACAGCUGCCCCAACAACUACCACCGCAGGACCAACACCUACCACAGCUGGCCAAACAACUACCACAGCUGGACCCACAACUACCACCGCUGGACUAACAACUACCACAGCUGACCAAACAACUACCACCGCGGCCCCAACAACUACCACCACUGGACCCUCAACAACCACAGCUGCCCCAACUACGACCACCACUGAAACAACAACUACCACAGCUAGCACCGCAGGACCAACAACUAGCACAGCUGGACCAACAAGUACCACAGCUUCCCCAACUACGACCACCGCGGCCCCAACAACUACCACCGCUGGACCAACGACUACCACAGCUGCCCCAACUACUACCACAGCUGCCCCAACAACUACCACCGCUGAACCAACAACUACCACAGCUGCCCAAACAACUACCACAGCUGCCCCAACAACUACCACAACUGCCCCAACAACUACCACAGCUGCCCCAACAACAACCACAGCUGGAUCAACAACAACCACAGUUUCCCCAACUACAACCACCGCUGAACCAACAACUACCACAGCUGCCCAAACAACUACCACGGCUGCCCCUACAACUACCACAACUGCCCCAACUACUACCACAUCAUUACCAACAACAACCACACCUUCCCCAUCUACAACCACCACUGAACCAACAACUACCACAGCUGCCCCAACAACUACCACAGCUUCCCCAACUACGACCACCGCUGCCCAAACAACUACCACCGCUGGACCAACAACCACCACAGCUGGACCAACGACUACCACAGCUGGACCAACAUCAACCACAGCUGGACCAACGACUACCACAGCUGGACCAACAACUACCACCGCUAACCCAACAACUACCACAGCUAACCCAACAACUACCACAGCUGCCCCAACAACUACCACCACUGGACCCUCAACUACCACAGCUGCCCCAACUACCACCACCGCUGAACCAACAACUACCACAGCUGAACCAACAACUACCACAGCUGUACCAACAACUACCACAGCUGCCCAAACAACUACCACAGCUGCCCCAACAACUACCACCACUGCCCCAACAACUACCACAGCUGCCCCAACAACUACCACCGCUGGACCAACAACUACCACAGCUGGACCAACGACUACCACAUCAACACUAACAACAACCACAGCUUCCCCAACAACUACCACCACUGCCCCAACAACUACCACCGCUGGACCAACAACUACCACAGCUGCCCCAACUACUACCACAGCUGGACCAACAUCUACCACAGCUGGUCCCUCAACAACCACAGCUGGACCAACAACUACCACAGAUGGACCAACAUCUACCACAGCUGGUCCCUCAACAACCACAGCUGGACCAACUACUACCUCAGCUGGUCCAACAACUACCACAGCUGGACCAACAACAACCACAGCUGGAUCAACAACUACCACAGCUGGAUCAACAACUACCACCACUGCCCCAACAACUACCACUGAUGGACCAACAACUACCACAGCUGGACCAACUACUACCUCAGCUGCUCCAACUACUACCACAGCAGGACCAACAACUACCACAGCUGGUCCCUCAACAACCACAGCUGGACCAACUACUACCACAGCUGGUCCAACAACUACCACAGCUGGACCAACAACAACCACAGCUGGAUCAACAACUACCACAGCUGGAUCAACAACUACCACAGCUGCACCAACGACAACCACAGCUGCCCCAACUACUACCACCGCAGGACCAACAACUACCAUAAAUGGACCAACAACUACCACGGCUGGACCUACAUCUAUGACAGCUGGACCAACUACCGCAAAAUCAAACCCCACAACAACCACAGCUCCCCCCACAACUACCACCGUCAGACUAACAACUACCACAGCUGCCCCGACAACCACUACAGCUGCCCCAACAACUACCACAGCAAGCCCAACUAACACUACCACUCGACCAACAACAACUGGAGCAACGACAACCACAGCUGGACCUUCAACUACUACGGCUAGCGCAACUACCACUACAACGGGACCAACAACAACCACAGCUGGACGAACAACUACAACAUCUGGCCCGACUACCGCAACAUCAAGCCCCACAACAAACACAGCUGCCCCAACAACUACCACAGCUGCCCCAGCAACUACCACCACUGGACCGACAACUACCACAGCUGGACCAACAACUACAACAGCUGGCCCAACAACAACCAAAGCCGACCCAACAACCAACACAUUUGCUGCAACAACUACCACUGCCGGCCAAACUAUCACCACAGCUGGCUCAACAACUACCACGGCCAGCCCAACUACAACCACAGCUAGCCCAACUACAACCACAUCUAGCCCAACUACAACCACAUCUAGCCCAACAACUACCACAUCUAGCCCAACUACAACCACAUCUAGCCCAACAACUACCACAUCUAGCCCAACUACAACCACAUCAAGCCCAACAACUACCACA